UACUUCACGGGAGGUAAUCCAUUUGUUUACGUCCUGCGUUCGUUUCAUCAUUUGACACAGGUGUUCAUUCAGACAGACUCUAAGAAACGUCACACGAUUAUGGAUGACCCGUGGGGCGAUGAUGACGACGAUAUACUGGCACAAGCAGUAGAUCAUGCAGAGCAAGUGUUCUUUGCUGAGGACGACGAUGAUGACUGGCUCUUGUCACAAAGUCUCGCUGAUGUUGAAGAACAGCUUCAGCUCGACGCGUCACAUUCGCACAGCUCCCAGACUGACCGACAGCGAAGCAACAAAGUGCCGCAAACAAACUCAGCAUCUGCAUGGUCCGAGAGUCAUUUCCCAAAGGACUCAUUUAAUCUCAAUCCACAGUAUGAGAAAAGAGCUGUGGGUGUAAUGCAUGGUCAGCAAGGACCAUCUUAUCAACAAGCAAACACAGUGACUAAACAAUUUUCACCUUCAAGCACUAUUACUUCAUUGUCUAAAACUAGUACACCAAACUCAAAACAACCAUCUCCACCAUCAACAUCCGGGGUGAAAACAAAGCCAUGCAGUCCAAAAAAUGUGCAGUGUAAACCAAGUUCAUCCCAUAGUAAUGCAUCAGGCAGUAUGGGGCAACAGCAGAAAAAGAUCCAUCAGAAUGAAAAGACAUCAACAUCAGAGACAAAUACCAAAAGAAGUCAACAAAAUUCUGAAAAAGACAUUUUUGACAAGAAUUGUGAUAUACAAGUUGUAGAUCCAGGUAUUACUACUAUUACCAAAGAAGCAGACACAUGUUCACAGUCUGGGGGUGGUGCAGAAAUUUCCAUGAAUGUUCCAGGAGGUUCUGGGGCAAUGUCCGGGACAUCUGGGAACAGGAACUCUGGCAAGGACAUGGAGGAGGAGCUGCAGAAGCAAAAACAGUCCCUGGAGCUAGUGAAGAAUACCCUGGACAGUGAACUUCAGUGCAGCAUCUGUAAUGAGCUCUUUGUACAGGCAACAUCUUUAAACUGUGCCCACGCAUUCUGCGCCCUCUGUAUCAGUCAAUGGAUGAAGACAAGCAAAGAUUGCCCUAUGUGUAGGACCAAGAUCAUAUCCAAGAACAGGAGCUUAGUUCUGGAUAGCUUCAUUGAUAAGAUGUGUGAGCAGCUAGGGGAAGACAUGAGGGAAGACAGGAAAGCUCUUCUAGAAGAGCGCAAAAAUGAACAAGCAAAAUUUGAUGAGGCAAAUCCUCAACACAGACGUCCUACACAGGGACAAACAAGAACUGCAAGUCCAACUCGUCCUCAAUAUGAUGAUAUUUCUCCUGCCUGGCAACUCAGUGAUGAUGCAUCAUCUUCUACCUCUUUCACAGACUCAGAUUAUUCUGAUGAAUAUAGGACAAGAAAUAGAAAUUUUGAGAUAAGAGGGAGAGACAGUGAUUCAUUGUAUUCAACAGACAGUUCAGCUACUGAUUUCAGUGACCAUAGUCCUCGCUCAAGGCAACGACGUAGGGAUAUGAGGCAUCGGGAAAGGAGGAGGAGACGUCAGCAUCGUCGAGGUAGACACAGCAAUAGUGACAGCUCAAUGAGUUCUAGGAGAAGAGAGGAUUGGAGAAGGCGAAGGAGGAGUGAAGGGAUGAGGAUGAGGAGGAGAAGUAGGUGGGAACAGGAGAGGAGAGAACACACAGAUGAACAUAGUGAUGAGGACAGCAGUGACUCACAUGAUGAAGAAUCUUCACAUGGGAGAGACAGAAGGCGCAGGGGACAGAGAAGGAGAGCUAGAAUAGAAAGUAGCAGUGAAGCCAGUGAUUUGGAGGAUGAUAGACUUGCUACAGAAAGACAUACCAGAAGAAGGAAUAGUCAAAGCCAUGACAGAGAUAGGAACAGGAGUAGAGAAAGGAGCAAUAACAGAAGACAAGGCCAUGACAGGAGGAGAAACAUGAGGUCAGAUGAUGAGGAUGUGGACAAUGGUGGGAGGGGAACCCGCCAACUCACUGACCUUGACAGCAGUUAUCAGUCCACCAGUACAGCCUCUAGUCAGGGCUCCACGUCAUCUACAGCAUCAAUUCCUGCAACAAGCAGGGCAAGACCAACCAGAAGUACAACCAGCUAUGGUGUGGCCAGGUUGCCCAGGAGAACUCAACUGAUCAACCCCCGUCCCCAAAGCAGACGGUCUUUCUAUGGAGGGUAUGGAAAUUGCUAUAAGUGUGGGAGACCUGGACAUUGGGCGAACAGAUGUACAUACAGAUAAGUGAAGAGAGUUGCAGCAUCAAGGCAUAUAUAAACAAUCCUAAAGAUGUUUAUGGUUGUUCAUGACAGGUGAUACUGUAUAAUAUCUUAAUACAGCAAAAGGUGUCUUACUCUUGUGUGGCCAUUUUUAUCCAGAAUGUCAAGGAAUAAUUAUGUCAUGGGAUGUACAAUUUCACAGAAUAACUAUGGCUUGCAGUACACUUUAUCACAGAAUAAUUAUAUGUCAGGCAGUUGGGAAUGGUGCUGGCCAAAUAACCAUAUCAUACAGUGCACAAUGUCACAGGAUAAUUAUGGCAUGGAGUGGUCAUAUUGACAAAAUAAUCACAACAUGCAGUGGUAAUUGUGGCAGAAUAAUCAUUUGCAGUGCACAGUUUUUCAAAAUAAUUGUGGUAUGCAGUGCACAUUGUGGCAUUAUAAUCAUGUACAUUGCAUGUAUGGCAUGUAGUGCCAAAUAUAGCAGGAUAAUCACAUGCAGUGCAUGAUGUCACAGAUUCAUUAUUGCAUGCAGUUCUCACUGUGGUAAAAUUAACAUAUCAUGAAGUUGUGUGAUUGUGACCAUGUCUUGUUAUGCAACUGUACAAUGAUCUGUAUUCCAGUCCACUGCUAUACGCAUUCUGUGAUACAUUAGAUGAGGAGAAAUCAUUGUACAUCCAGUUUGCUUUGAAACUUCAUUACUUUGUGAUUACUGAAUCUGAAUCUAAUCUAUUGACUUCAGCAUGUACAUGAUCAGUGU